AUGGUUUCAAAUGAUACUACUACUUGCGGCGCAGACCAGUCCCGUCCGUUGAAGGUCUUGAUUGCUGGCGCUGGUAUAGGAGGCCUAGCGGCAGCCAUUGCUCUUCGCAACGAAGGUCAUCAUGUCGUGCUGUAUGAGCAAUCAAAGCUGGCCGAAGAGGUGGGCGCUGCCAUACAUGUGGCACCGAAUUGCCAUGGCUUGUUGAAGCGAUUGGGAAUGGAUCUACGAGAGUGCGGAUCGGUCGAGCUUCUCGGUUUUACCGAAUAUAAUGUUGCAGGUGAUAUCACUCGGGAGGUUGAUACCCGCCCGAUCAACAAGAUGUGGCAGCACUCUUGGGAAUUGAUCCACCGAGCUCAUCUGCACACAGCGCUGAAAGAGCUUGCGACGUCGACGUCAAGACCUGGAAGACCUGUAGAGCUUCUCGUUAGCGCUAGGGUGAAGGAAGUUGAUCCAUCUAGCGCAACCGUGACACUUCUAGACGGCACACAGAUAACGGGCGACCUGGUCAUUGGGGCUGAUGGGGUGCGCUCACAGACGCGGAAAGCCAUUCCUGGUGGAGACAAGCAACCUUUCAGCUCUGGCAAGUCCGCGUACCGCUUCCUUAUUCCCACCGAACAGAUUGCGAAUGAUAAGAGGAUCAGCGACUUCAUCCGCUCCGAUGGCUACAUGGUGAUUUGGACAGGAGAGGACCGGCGCGUGGUAAUGUACCCCUGCGCUGCAGGGAAGGCAAUGAACUGUGCCGCCAUCCAUCCCAGCGAGCUUAGCGAUGAAACACUCAGAGGCCAAGAGAACGAUUGGCAAAAACGGGGCAACAAGUCAAGGAUGCUUGAAAUGUUCGAGGAUUUCGGCGAACGAUUGGGAAUUCUUCUUGGUAUGGCAGAAAAUCCCCGGAUCUUCACGUUGCUGGACAUGGAAAAAAUGCCCACCUUUGUAUACCAGCGGCUUGCGAUCCUCGGUGACGCCGCACAUCCUUUCCUCCCACAUCAAGCACAAGGUGGCGCACAAGCGAUUGAAGACGGCGUGUGUCUUGCGGCGCUAUUGCCUCGCGGCACAGAUGCAAGCGAUAUUCCAGAUCGUCUUGAGCUGUAUCAACGCCAGCGAUACGAGAGGAGCCAUACGAUUCAAACAUACACGCGCUUAUCCGGUGCAGACCUGAAAGACGGGCAAACUCUUGAUAUGAGUCGUUUCACGGCGUACAAUGUAGGCCACGACGAGUGGCACUCGUCAAAGGCAGCGUUGGAGAAGCAUCUGGCGCUGAAGGAGCCGACCACACGUUGGCGUACGCCAAUUGCCUUUGGCCCUGCUCCAGGACCCCGUCAGCCCCUAGGACUUCCCUUGCACAGUGAGUUACUCGCACGCGUUCGAUCCGAAUGUCCAGAGACUUCUUCAACUCUGGCCAUCCGUUUCAAGACUUCCCGGACAUACUUGCAAAGACUGCUGCCUCCUGGGUUUAGCUACGUUAGUCCCGCAACACUCUGUGAAGCGACGAUAUCUUGCACUACACUCAAAGGACUGGCGUGGCUUGGAGGCGGUGGCUACAGCUUUGUAAUGCUUCGUCUUCAUGGCAUACAGUACAUCAAACAGAACGGCGAAAAGGUACUUGGCGCGUUCAUACCAUUGAUCUUCGAGAAUCAGACCGACCCGAUAAUAACUGGUCGGGACGAUGUGGGGAUGCCAAAGCUUUAUGCUGCGAUCGAGCCCCAACACAUGGGGAACGCUGCUACUGUUGAAAUAAGUUGGCAGGGCUGCAAUUUCGGUAGCCUGGCGUUUCACGAGUUCGAGUCGACAGCAGAGCCAUCUACGAACGGCGCCGACCCAGUCGAGACUAAAGAGGUGUCGAGCUCAACCAUGCCAUCGGACAACGGGCAGCUGGCCUGGCGGUACGUACCUGCUGUGGGCGAACCUGGCAAAGCAGAUGCACAAUAUCCAGUCUUCGUGCCCAACGCCGAUCCCACCAAAUAUGCGAGAGAUGCCACAGUACGCAAGGCCACCGCAGCAGAAGUUCAUUUCUCCGCCAAGAGCUGGUCUCAGCUGCCCACACUGCAUCAUAUUGCUCGUACAUUGGAGGAAAUGCCACAGUACGGAGUGGUUGCGGCUGAGCACAUCGUGGCGAGUGGCGUUGACGAUCUUCGGGGUGCAUACAGAAUUGAAUAG